GAGGUGGAGUACAUUUGCCAUCUCUUUAGUUUGAAAGUAGAACUUUGUGGGUUGAAUUGAUUUUUUUUUUAUCUCCCAAUUUUUAUGGGCAACCACACGAGCCGAAAAGAGUAAAGGAGUUCACCGAAUCGAGCCCUGCAGGCUAUGAAUAGAGACUCAGAGAACUAAAAAUUCUCUCGUCUCUUCCCUCACCGCAGGCAGCGAAGGGACGAUGACGAGGAUCCGGUGCUACUGGGGCUGGGUGGCGGCGGCGAUCGCCUUCAGGAUCCUCCUCAUCUGCUUCCCCAAGAACCUCAAUCUCGGCUCCCGCCCGGAGGUCGCCACCCCUCUCACCAGCCUCCGCCGCCUGGCCGAAGGUUACUGGCUUAAGCAGGCGUCCAUGUCCCCUUACGCAGGGUCUAUGUACCAUGGUUCUCCAUUGCUAUUGUCAAUUCUUGGGCCCUUUACUAUUACAAGAAGUGAAGGGCAACCUGCUUAUUUCUAUUGCAGUUUGAUGUUUGUGAUUGUAGAUUUUGUUACUGCCAUGCUCAUUCGUGCAACUGGCCAGAAACUUAUGUUGAAAUGCCAUCAAAGUUUGCAAUUUCUGAACCUUUCAAAACUGGUAGAAGCUUCAGGAAACGUAGAGGCUGGAAAUUUUGCAUCUCUUGUAUUUCUGUGGAACCCAUUGACAAUAGUCACUUGUGUUGGAUCGACAACAGCACCAAUUGAUAAUUUAAUGGCUGUGUUGGCCAUCUAUGGAGCUUGUUCAUGUUUAGCACCCUUGGCAGCCUUUGGAUGGGUCAUUGCUACACACUUAUCACUUUACCCUGCAAUCCUGAUUGUGCCGCUAAUUCUUCUAUUAGGCCAUGGUCCGGAUGCUCCUCCUUUGAAGUUGUUCCAACAGAAAAAUAAUAGUGCAAGUGGAAGCAGUCCUUCAAGUCAUAGUCAUACUAAGAGUACUCAAACAGGAAUUCAAAUUGAUUAUUUUUCAUGGAGACCAGUUCUUCACUUCUUGUUAUGGGCAUCUAUCUGGUCAUGUUAUGUGUUAGUCUUGAGUAGCAUCUCACUUAAAGGGCUUGGUGGCCUUUUGGAAAUGUUCAAAAAGACUCAUGGAUUUAUUCUUACCGUGGUAGAUCUAUCCCCAAAUAUAGGUGUCUUAUGGUAUUUCUUUGCGGAGGUCUUCGACUUUUUCAGGAAUUUCUUUCUUAUAGUUUUUAACAUGAAUAUACUAUUUAUGCUAUUACCAUUGGCCAUACGUCUGAAACACCGGCCGUGCUUCCUUGCCUUUGUUUAUCUUGCCAUCUCUUCAAUGCUAAAAUCCUAUCCCUCAGUUGGAGACUCAGCUCUAUACUUGGGCCUUUUGGGCCUCUUUGCCAAUGAGUUAGCAGGCAUGCAAUUCUCUUUCUUCCUAUUUUGCGGAUACAUUGGAGUCUCCCUGCUUAGCCCUGUUAUGCACAACCUAUGGAUUUGGAGGGGUACUGGUAAUGCAAAUUUUUACUUUGCCACUGGAAUCGCCUAUGCUUGCUUGCAGACUGUACUGAUCGUUGAGAGUGUGAGCACAAUGCUGAAGUAUGACAGGAUGCUGCGCAAGCAUAUAACAACAUGACAAACCAAGUAUUUGUUGACAUACACGAUGGUUUCAGGGUUUGCUAUGGAUUCCAACAACUGGAUCAGAUUGUCAUGUUUACCUCAAAACCUUGAAAGCAAGUUUAUUUCCUAUUAUGGCCUUAAACAGCAUUAUACCCUUAAGUGCGGAGCUAUGCAAGGAGAUGCUCCAUUGCAUUUUCCACCACUUAUGGGAGAUUUUUGGCUUUUCAUUUUUGGGGUUGAGGAGUAAAAGAGGCUUGCAAGAAAAUCGUAUUGGAGUCUGAAAGUAACCGGCUGGCUAUCGAGCAUGACCAAGAAAGGCUAGAAGAUUGACUAGCUGCCACUGAUUAGAAUUCCUUGAAUAUAUCUUCUGGUGGACUGUUAUACUUAUGUAGAUGUGGUUUAUUUUA